AGCAAGCCCCAAAAAGUGAGCGACUAUGUCAGUGCUAGGUGCAGUGUCUCCAGACCACAGAGAGAAGAAGACCUUGGGGUCCAGAGGUGCAUGGUGGACAAGAAAGAAGAAGAAUCCAAGGAGGGUAGUGGGCUGGUGACCUAGUGAAUGUUUGAGAAAGGCUGCUUUGGUUUCUAGAGAGAUAAAGGAACAAGGCCUGAAGGGAAGUGGAUGAAGUUUGCUCAACCCCUGGAGACUUCAGCUAUGCCCCAUAGUUCUGACAGUAGCGACUCUAGCUUCAGCCGAUCACCUCCACCCAGCAAUAAACAGGAUUCCUCAGAUGACGUGAGAAAAGUUCAGAGAAGGGAGAAAAAUCGUAUUGCAGCUCAGAAGAGUCGACAAAGGCAGACACAAAAAGCAGACACGUUACAUUUGGAGAGUGAAGAUCUGGAGAAACAAAAUGCAGCUCUCCGCAAGGAGAUCAAGCAGUUGACAGAGGAAAUGAAGUAUUUCACCUCAGUGCUGAACAGCCAUGAACCUCUGUGCUCCAUCUUGGCCACCACAUCCCCACCACCCCCUGAAGUGGUCUAUGGUGCCCAUGCCUUCCACCAGCCCCACGUCAGUUCCCCGCGAUUCCAGCCCUGAUCCUACAACCCUAAGAGGAGCGUUUUAUAGACUCUGACAUUCAAUCCUAGGGGAUUCCUCCCUAGAAUUUCCAGUGGGAGACUUCAUAGAAGAAACAAAGUUGGGGUUUUUGCAACAGAAACCUCAUUCAUCUCCUGCUUAAUUCUCUCCCCUCUCUGGAAAGAAGGAGGUGGAGAUGGAAUAACUGGCGGGGGUAGGCAUGGAAUGCUAGAGCUUCUUGUAUUGUAUGCCCAACACAUGGUGUGUAACUAUCUAUACCUUCCCUUGGAGGUAUAUGACCAAUGGCAAAUAUAAUACCAGUCUGAUGAACAAAGAGGAUAGUAUGGACAGAAAUUUAUUUUUCUAAAUACAAAUUAAAAGACAUUAUAAACAAAUUGUUUUCAUGCCUGUCUCCUACAGAAAAUGUCUCCUAAGGGAAAAAACAGAUCAGAGACUGACAGGAAAACAUAGCACCAGUUUAUUUGUCCCAAGAAAAAGCGGGCAUGUGCAUGGGGAGAUUCCUUCCAAAGAGGGAGCUCAAAAACCUCUUUUUUGUGUGAAGCUAUAUAAACUUUCUCUGCUCACUGGCUAAGGAGCUUAGUUUAGGCCUCUAUUAAGAAAUCAAUCAGAUCCAAAUUGAUUAACUUUCAGUUUUCUUAGUUCAUCAGUUCCAUUAGCAUGAUCCAAAUCAGUUUGACAGUUCAACUUAAAAGCAAACCCUAUAACAAGGGUACACAAAUAAGUCUGACAAUUCAGCUUAAAAGCAAACACUAUAACAAGAAU